GAGCCCUUUCUCUCUUUUGGGGACACAAGCAGCGUCAGGUCGCACUCAGCUUGGCAAUAUUUACACCCCCCGCACCCCCCCACGUGGAUUGCAUUGUUUUGCAUUGCAUUGUGACGAAGGUGCUCUGGAAGCCAGGAAAUCAUGGUGCUCAUGACGGUGCCCUUUUUGGGCCCGGUGUCCAUAUCGGAGAGCUUAGUGGCCGUGGCGACGCUAUGUUUGGUCUACCUGAUGUUCAGGUCUCUCCGCGGCGUCGUCCCCGAGGGGCUCAAGCGUCUCCCCGGCCCCAGACCCCUUCCCAUCAUCGGGAACAUGCUGGGCGUGGGCAGCAGACCGUACCUGAGUCUCACCGCCAUGAGCAAAUGUUACGGACCCGUGUUCCAGAUCCAGAUCGGCAUGCGUCCCGUGGUGGUGCUGAGCGGCAGUGAAACGGUCCGGCAGGCUCUGGUCAAGCAGGGCGAGGACUUCGCCGGCAGGCCUGACCUGUACAGCUUCCGCUUCAUCAACGACGGCAAGAGUCUGUCCUUCAGCACGGACCAGGCCGGCGUCUGGCGGGCUCGCCGCAAGCUGGCCUACAGCGCCCUGCGCUCCUUCGCCACGCUGGACGGCACCACGUCCGAGUACUCCUGCAUGCUGGAGGAGCACAUCUGCAAGGAGGGCGAGUAUCUCAUCAAACGGCUCAACAGCGUCAUGAAGGCCGAUGGAAGCUUCGACACCUUCCGCCACAUCGUGGUCUCCGUGGCCAACGUCAUAUGCGGCAUGUGCUUCGGACGCCGCUACGACCACGACGACCAGGAGCUCGUCGGCCUGGUGUCGCUCAGCGAUGAGUUUGGCAAAGUGGUGGGCAGCGGCAACCCCGCCGACUUCAUCCCGGCGCUCCAGUUCCUGCCCAGCGCCACCAUGAGGAAGUUUGUCAGCCUCAACAACCGUUUCAACGACUUCGUGCAGAAGAUCGUCAGCGACCACUACACCACCUUUAACAAGGACAACAUCCGGGACAUCACCGACUCCCUCAUUGAUCACUGCGAGGACAGGAAGCUGGAUGAGAACUCCAACAUUCAGGUGUCGGAUGGGAAGAUCGUAGGGAUCGUCAACGACCUCUUUGGAGCUGGCUUCGACACCGUCUCAACCGCCCUUUCCUGGGCAGUCAUGUACAUGGUGGUUUAUCCGGAGAUCCAGGAACGACUUCAUCAGGAACUGAAGAACAAAGUCGGACUUCACCGCACUCCUCUUUUAUCCGACAAAAGCAGCCUCCCCCUGCUGGAGGCCUUCAUCUUGGAAGUCUUCCGGCACUCCUCGUUCGUGCCUUUUACCAUCCCCCACUGCACCACCAAGGAUACGUCUUUGAAUGGCUUCUUCAUCCCCAAAGACACCUGCGUCUUCAUCAAUCAAUGGCAGAUCAACCAUGACCCCGACCUCUGGAAGGAUCCGUCGUCCUUCAAACCGGACCGCUUCCUGAGCGCCGACGGCACGGAGCUCAACAAGGUUGACGGGGAGAAGGUGAUGAUCUUCAGUUUGGGCAAGCGGCGCUGCAUCGGCCAGGUCAUCGCGCAGCAGGAGGUUUUCCUCUUCCUGGCCAUCUUGGUGCAGAAAAUGCAGUUUGCGGCCGUACCCGGGGAAGCCGUGGACAUGACACCCGAGUACGGCCUCACCAUGAAGCACAAGCGCUGUCAAGUGAGGGCCAUCAUGCGACAACGUGACGAGGCGUGAACAUGAAGUUUUUAAAGCAUGCUGUAGGGCGAUGCACUCGGAAUGUAAAGCAAGGGACGCUGAUUUUAAGCCACAACAUUUUCUCCCGUUUGUGGUUUUGGGUCCACGACAUCUUCUGUCGGGGGGGUCAGAAUGUGCAAACCACAAGGAGACGGCUUCUCUGCAUUUGUGUUUAAUUAAGCCUCUGCCACCAUCUUCUGUGAAUACAAUCCAUAUGGACUUAUGUAUCUUAAACCCAUUUAAUAUUCACAUAUGUGAAACUGAAGCUAUAUUUGUAUCCCAAAAUGUGAUUUUUACAUUUGUAUCAAGCUGUUUUUAAUUUUUUUUAAGUAAUUGUAUGUGCCUAAUAUUUGUACAUAUUUGAGGGGAAAUUGCUGCUGUGCGUCCGCGUGUGUGUGUGUAUUUGUUUUUCCAAGAUACCAAAAGAGUGAUUUUUUUGUUGUUUAUUUGUAAUACGACAGUAAGCUAGACAAUUUUACAUUUCUAUUAAUGUAAUAAUGUAUCUAUGACGGUGUGAGUAAGACACACAAAUACAAUAAAAUAUACUAUAAUAUAAAAUGAAA